CAUAUGGAUUAAGAGUUUUAUAUUGUGUGCUAUAGCAACCUAAAGCAAAAGUAUGAGAAGAGGAGGAGAAGGAUUUCAUGUGUUGGAUAUGGUGAAACCGUUUUUGCCGUAUCUACCAGAAGUGCAGAGUGCUUUUGAGAAGAAGAAAGUUCCAUUGAGAGAGAAGGUCAUCUAUACCCUGACCAGUCUCUUCGUGUUUCUCGUUUGUAGUCAACUUCCGCUCUACGGUAUCCAUUCCACCACCGGUGCGGAUCCGUUAUACUGGAUGCGUGCCAUUCUCGCAUCGAGCCGUGGCACCCUCAUGGAGCUAGGUAUCGGUCCCAUCAUCACAUCAGGGCUCGUGAUGCAGCUAUUGACUGGCUCAAAGAUUAUUCAGGUCAACGAUGAGGAGGAUCAUGCUCUCUUGAACGCUGCUCAGAAGCUUCUCGCCGUUUUGAUCGCCUUAGGUCAAGCCGUGACAUACGUCCUCUCUGGUAUGUACGGUCCAGUUGCACAGCUCGGUGUGGGAAACGCACUUCUCAUCGUUCUCCAGCUUGUCUUUGCCGGAGUCAUCCUUCAGUGUCUUGACGAGCUUCUCCAAAAGGGCUAUGGUCUUGGCUCCGCGAUCUCCCUCUUCAUAGCGACUAGCCUCUGCGAGAGCGUUAUAUGGAAAGCCUUUAGCCCCGUCACAUUCAUCAGACGGUCUGGACAGGAGUUCGAAGGCGCCUUGAUCUCGCUCUUCCAUAACCUGAUAACCAAGUCAAGCAUCCUACACGCUUUCUUCAGACAGAGCCUUCCAAACGUUACAAACUUGCUUGCAACAGUCUUGGUCUUCCUCAUCGUCGUCUACUUCCAAGGCUUCCGCGUUGUAUUACCUGUUAGGUCAAAGAACUCCCGACAAGGCGGGUACCCGAUCAAGCUCUUGUACACAUCCAACAUGCCCAUCAUUCUCCAAUCUGCUCUCGUCUCAAAUAUCUACUUCUUCUCUCAGCUUCUCUACAACAACUUCAGUGGGAGUUUCCUGGUGAACUUGCUGGGACAGUGGAGAGGAUCCACACCAGUGGGUGGUCUCGCUUACUUGAUCACAGCUCCAUCAAGCCUAGCUGCUCAUCCUUGCCACACACUCUUCUACAUUGUCUUCAUGCUCUCUACUUGUGCGUUUCUAUCAAAGACAUGGAUUGAAGUCUCUGGGUCCUCUGCUAGAGACGUGACCAAGCAGCUCAAUAAACAAGGGAUGGGGAUGGCUGGGCAUAGAGACUCCAAUCUGUACAAGGAGCUUAACCGCUACAUUCCAACAGCAGCUGCCUUUGGAGGGGUGUGCAUUGGUGCACUCACUGUUCUUGCCGACUUCACCGGAGCUAUUGGCUCAGGGACUGGAAUCUUGCUUGCCGUCACAACCAUAUAUCAGUUUCUUGACACUUUUGACAAGGAACUAGCCACCGAGUCAUGAAGCCUUCGCCACUACAUAUUGAAAAUACAUUAAACUCUUAGUUUAAGAUUUAACUUGUUUUUAUGUUUUUUUUUUGUCAAUGCACAUUCGUAAGAUCUUGAUCUUAUCUGACAUCAAAAAUGGUUUAUUG